AUGGUGACCUCGUGGAUCUUGAAUUCAUUGUCAAAGAAAAUCGCAGACAAUGUGAUUUACUCGAGAACUGUGAGAGAGCUAUGGAUGAGCUUGGAACACAGAUUUGGUCAGUCUAAUGGUGCGAAGUUGUAUCACCUGCAAAAGGAGCUCAACAAGUUAAUUCAAGGCACAUCUAACAUUGCAGGAUACUUCACCAAAUUGAAAAGACUAUGGGAUGAACUGGAUUCCCUUAAUACUAAUGUCAAGUGCAACUGUGAUGAAAAUCAAAGAGAAUCUUAUGUAAAUUCUACUGUCAAUCCUGAUUCAUCUGCCUUUAUGGUUGGAAAUUCACAUCAAUAUAGAGUCUCUAAACAGGGUCAGAGAUUUAUGGCUUCUUCAAGCAAAUUUGGAAAUGUUUACCCCAGACCUGCACCUACUGGAUCUCAACAGACACAGCUACAAGGAUUUCCCAAACAGAACCAGAAUCCAAAAUUCAAAGGCAAGAAAACAAAAUACAACCCCAAUGUCACCUGCACUUAUUGUGGGAAAACUGGACAUGUGGAACUUAACUGUUUCAGACUCAUUGGUUUUCCAGAUGAUUUUCAGUUUACACAUGAGAAGGGUUUCAAUAAUCAGGUAAAGGGAAAUGGAGAUCAAAUUAGGGGAAAUGGAGUCAUGACUAUGGAAGAAACAGACAACAAACAAAAUUUUGGAUAG